CCCUUCCCCCGCGACGCCCCCCUCUUCUUCUUCCUCCCCUUCCCUCCCUUUCACCUCCUUUCAAACCCUAGAAACCAAUUCCCCAACCAAAACCCUAACCCUAGGUCCUUCCACCGUCUCCGCCUCCGCCUCCCGGUCCCCACCGCCCCUCGCGGCUCACGCGGCCUCGCCCUCCCGCGCCCAGUCCCGCCACCACCACUCGGCCCUCGCGGACCUAGGGUUUGCGCGCCCUCGAGCCGGAGCCCGAAUCCCGAGCCCUCGCGAGGGCGUGCGUGGUGUGUGCGGCUACGAGGUGGGAGGCGGAGAUGAGAUGAAUCUGCCCGGUGGUGGUGGCGGCCAUGAGUAGGCUCUCGUUCCGGCCGCGGCCGCUCGACAUCCACAAGAAGCUCCCAAUCCUCAAGUCGGCGCGGGACUUCGAGGACGAUGACCCCACGGUGGCAGCGUUCGCCGCGGCAAGGGUAGGGGUUCUGCUGCGGCACUCCGGCUCGGAGCUCACUGCCGCUGCUGCUGCGACUGACGGCGAGGGAAAUUCAACUCCCAGUAAGAAGAAUGCUCAAGAGAUACCAACACCACAGUUUGAUGAUGUGGAGACCUAUGAUAGGGAUUACACUCGCACCUUUGCACAACCAUCAUGUUAUAUACGAGGAAGAGGAGCCAGAGCUGAGAUCGGUGAAUUUGUUGAGUAUGACUUGGAUAACGAAGAUGAAGACUGGCUUGACGACUACAACAAUGAGCGGAAAAAUCUUAACUCUGAAAAGUUGGAGGUCCUCUUAUUCAAGUUGGAAAUUUUGGACCACAAAGCUCGAGAAAGAGCAGGAGCCAUAACACCAACUUUCAUAGGACCUGUUCCAGUUCUCUUGCAGCUCGAUGUUGCUAUGGAGGCUUUGCAGUAUUUAUCUGUUCGGUAUGCUGUUUUCCAAGCUGUAUAUAACUAUUGGAGAGCUAAGAGGGAACGGUGGCAAAAGCCUAUUCUGCGGCGUUUGCAGCCUCCUCCGCCGGUGAAUGAUACAAACCCAUAUAAUGUAUUCAGACCAAGAGAAAAGGCCCAUCGUCUUCAUACAAGAAGGAUGCAAAGACGAGAAAAUAAUAUCCAGUCGUUUGAAAAACUCCGCCUGGUACGGCGCAAUUUGGACCAAGCAAAGGCAUUAAUGGGGGCUCUAAUUAAGAGGGAAGAGACAAAGCGGGAGGUCAUGGAAUGUGAGGUCAACCUUCAGCGCGUUCAGAUGCAAUAUAAGCAUGAGGCCCAGCUUGUUGACGAUGGGACUACACUGUCAGGGUUCCAGCAAGCUUCUAGCAGGUUUGGGUCAAGUGAUGAUGAUUAUGCGGAUUCAGAUGACACCGCAACUGAAGAGCCAUAUUUUCGGCAACCUGUUCUCCAUCAUCGGUAUCCUGAUAACAAGCAGUUGGCAAUCCCUACAUUGCGUAUAAAGCGUGAGCCGGGGCUACCGGUGCUAAAAAGGAGGCCUCAGCAGAAUGGCUGGGUAUUUAAAAGGGAUCCUGAGGAGCCAGUAUUGUUAUUCACAAGGCCGCUAGAUCCUGACAAGUUGGUGGCAGCGGGUAUCAAGUUGCCACCAGACCCCCCUAUUGAGAUUGAUGCCACCGUGCCACCAUUUCGGUGCCGAGGGAGAAUUGGCCGAGGUGGACGCAUCAUCUUUGAUCGAUGGAAUCCUCUUCUUCGAACACCAACAUCAAUUGGCCAGGAAACCGCCCAUUUCACACCAUAUGGCCGUAGGCCGCCCUCACCGGAAGGUUGAAGCAAAUAUUCGUCUGCACUCACCACUUAUUUGACAGAUGCAGCUAGUGCGAAGUGCUCAAGCAAUUGUUUCUGCCUUGGUGCCAAAUUGGCCCUAGGACUACAUUCUCAUGGCUGAGUUAUGAGCUCUGUGGAUCUGAUGAGCAGGUCAGAAAGCUCGUGGAAAAGCUGCAGGCUCAGUCAAAAUCGAGAGGUUUGAAGCUCUGUUGCGGCUUACAUUUUAUUUUCAGAUCUGGCUCGGUCAUCAUCUGUCACAGCUGUUGUAAAAUUACUACAGUGUAGGUGAAGGGGUAGAGAGCAUUUUUGUCUAAUCUUGGGCAUGUAGGGUCGGUAUCUAGUUUGGUGCUCUCAUUGAUUAUUCAUUUGGAGAAGUGGCGAUCCUUCUCAUUGCUAAAUUAACGUUCUGUAUAAUCUUUUGACACUCUGGUGCAUUGUAUUAACCGAUGUGCACGCGUGUAUAUACUGAGAAUCUAUGCCCAUGGGCAAUGGCACUAGGUUAGGUAGAAGUAGAAGAUGGAAAUGGAAUAGGUGUAGAACAAUGUUGCUUGAUCUGUCAUUAAAGUGAUUGUAUCUGCUUUUGUUCCAAAAUUUCAUACGCAUAAAAAGGUUACAAGCCUGAA